GCCGCAAAACGGCUAGGUUCUUCCUUUUGCCAACAGGGCUAAUCGUGCAAAAUGUUAAUUCGGAGUAUGAUUCCCAGCACGGCACAAUCACACCCUUAUCAUCGCCUCUCUCUUCGAACUUUCAUCAAACGCCUUCCGCUCGCAAGACCAGUGUCUCCCAGCAGCACCAGGAGAACCAUAACCAGCAUCAGUGUCCACUCUUCCCACCUUGAAACCCUAACUCCCCGCCAGAAAGAGCAAAUCUCGCUUUACGUCGAUGCUCUACUGCAAUGGAACCAGCGCAUGAACCUCACUGCAGUGACGGAGACGGGCGAGGUGAUGAAAAGGCAUGUGGAUGACUCCCUUGCCAUCAUCCCUCCCAUCAAAAGCUCCUAUCUCUCUCACUGCGGGUCGUCCUUUGACCACCUCAACCUCAUUGAUGUCGGUAGUGGCCCCGGCCUCCCUGGAUUAAUCUUUGCCAUCGCCUUCCCUGGCUGGAAAGUUACUCUUUUAGAGUCAAUGCAUAAACGGUGCCUCUUCUUGGAACAUGCUGUUGGUCUUACUGGUUUGUCAAAUGUGCAAGUUUUACGUGCACGAGCAGAGAGUGUGGGCCAAAGUCUUGACUUCAGAGAAGUGUUUGAUGUAGCAGUGGCGAGAGCUGUUGCAGAAAUGAGAGUUUUAGCUGAGUACUGUCUUCCACUGGUUCGUGUUGGCGGGUUGUUUGUAGCUGCAAAAGGCUAUGAUCCUCAGGAGGAAGUUAGGAGUGCUAAGAAGGCAAUUCAAUUUAUGGGAGCUUCCGUAUUACAACUAUGUUCCGGUAUGGUGUUUCAGUAUUUGUUUAUGCCAAUAUCUAUAUCGUCGUUUAGGAACUCGGGGAUGGACUUUGGAAUCAGCCGUGUCGAGUUGAAUCGACAUCAAAACUAGAUGAUUCCUUCUAUGACUCAGUGGAAUCGGAUGGUCCACAUGGGCAGAGAACUGCCGUUGUUUGCUUAAAGGACCGUCCUACGCCACAGAAGUAUCCCCGCCAUCCUGGUAUACCUGCAAAGUCACCAUUGUAAAGAAACCAAGAUUGCAACCAA